AUGGACGACUACGACGAGUCGCAUCACCGCAUGCCCCUCCUGACGGACAUGGAGGCUCCCAGCGUGGCCAUGGCCAAUUAUAUGGAGCAGCGCCGCCGGUCCGGGUCCGGGUCCGGGGACGAUGGCGAUGACGGCGAUGCCACAAACCGGGCAGAGGAGCAGAUGCGCCGGCCCAAGUCGGGUCUGCGGUCCGCCUUCAUGAACAUGGCCAACUCCAUCAUCGGCGCCGGCAUCAUCGGGCAGCCGUACGCGAUGCGGCAGGCCGGCCUGCUGGCGGGCACCGGCCUCCUCGUGGGGCUCACGUUCCUCAUCGACUGGACGAUAUGCCUCAUCGUCAUCAACAGCAAGCUCAGCGGCACGAGCAGCUUCCAGGGCACCGUCGAGCACUGCUUCGGCCGCCCUGGCCUGAUUGCCAUCAGCCUGGCGCAGUGGAUCUUCGCCUUUGGCGGCAUGGUGGCCUUUGGCGUCAUCGUCGGCGACACCAUCCCCCACGUCAUGGUUGCCGUGGCCCCCGACCUGCCAUCCUGGCCCGUCGUCGGCCUCAUCGCCGACAGGCGGGUCGCCAUCGCCUUCUUCUGCAUGGGCGUCAGCUACCCCCUCACCCUGUACCGGGACAUCUCCAAACUCGCCAAGGCGAGCACCCUCGCCCUCGUGGGCAUGGGCGUCAUCGUCGUCACAGUCGUCACGCAGGGUGUCAUGGUACCCUCCUCGGAGAGGGGCAGCUUCGACCUCCCCACUCUGACUGUCAAUUCCGGAGUUUUUCAAGCCAUCGGAGUCAUUUCAUUUGCAUUUGUAUGCCACCACAACUCCCUCCUCAUUUACGGAUCCCUCAAGACCCCCACGAUAGACAACUUCUCCCGGGUGACGCACUACUCCGUCGGCGUAUCGACGGUGGCCUGCCUCACGCUCGCGCUGGCCGGGUUCCUCGUCUUCGGCGAUCGUACGCUGGGCAACGUGCUCAACAACUUCCCGGCCGACAACGUCAUGGUCAACGUGGCCCGGCUGUGCUUCGGCCUCAACAUGCUGACGACGAUGCCGCUCGAGGCCUUUGUCUGCCGCGAGGUCAUGGAGACGUACUUCUGGCCCGACGCGCCCUUUGACCUGCGCCGCCACGUCGCCAUCAGCACCGGGCUCAUGGCCGGCGCCACCGUCAUCAGCCUGCUCACCUGCGACCUCGGCGCCGUCUUCGAGCUCGUCGGCGCCACCAGCGCCGUCGCCAUGGCUUACGUCAUGCCGCCCCUCUGCUACAUCAAGCUCACCACCCGCACCUGGAGGACCUAUCUUGCCUGGGGCGUCGUAGCCUUUGGCUGCGCCGUCAUGGUCAUCUCCGUCUUCCAGGCCGUCUCUCGUAUCAUCUCUGGUGGGUCAUCUUCGUCUCUCAUCUUUGCCUUCCAUCUUGUUCUGCUCCUCAUCUGUUUUAUAUCAUCUGAUUGA